CGGAACCCGAUUGAGGUCGAGAUAGAACCGAGAAGUCAUCAUCGGCGGCGAAAAUUUUCUAGACGGUAACUCAGGCGGUAAUUCACUCACACAAAAUGAGAAACGUGCAAAAAGUCCGUUGAGGAAUGAGUCUGUCCUUUCGGAAAAGUCACACCGUAAGGUCAGGAGCGCCAGUCAUGACCGGAGUGUUAUGCAAAAAGCUGUCGAGAAAGCGAGCAAACCUGAGCGAAGACAUAAGUCGAAGAGUAGAGUAGGCAGCUCUGGCGACAAAGAAAACGAGAGACGUAGAUCUAAAGGGAGUAAUAAGGAAUCCAUGGUCUCAGUUGCUGAUUCGAGCAUGCUCUCGUCGCAAAUAACAUCCAGCCACCGUUCAUAUGAUACACAUUCCUCCAAGGUUUCAAUUAAUAAUCCGAAACUUCUCGAAACCGUAGAGGACGCCAUCCGACGCCUCAUUUUACCGGAGUUAGAUGCUAUCAAGAGAGAGAGGAGCCAACGCGACUCCCGGAGGCCCAAAGAUCGGGAGUCGCUUUCGAGUCUCACCUCGGUGUCUCGCGAGGAGAUCUCUGUUCCAAACAGAAGGAAGUCUGCUGACACAGCCCAAUCGACAAAGUCGAAGGAACGGCGCGAUAGAGAAGCGAGAAACGAUUUAUCGCCUCAGAGUAGUAUUGAAGAAGUCUCUGUUCUAGAAGAUAUACCAGAUGAAGAGCUUACACCACGUCGUGACCAUGAUAAGCUUACCGAUGCCGCCCUGGGCGCUGCAGUUUCCGGUGCUGCACUCCGGUCUAGAGGUGAUGAAAAGAGACAGCGGCGGAGGAGACGCGCGGAAAAUCCUAAACACGAUGUUGAUGAGAGAUACGGAGAUGGUUAUGAAGAAGCAGAGCACAAGGUAGUGCCACCCAUGCCUCUCCAAAGCGAAAUUAAUGCAUCCGAUAUGACGCGAACGUCGAUAUUAUCGGCGGAGACAGAUCGACCUCACUCUGCUAGUGAAGAGAUGACCCCAGGUAGGGAGGCCACGAGAGGUAUCGCCUCAGUCGAGCCCAUCCAGGAGACGCCUUCGCCGUCGAGGUCUCCUACCCACAACAUCCAGGGUUUAGGUGCACACCACGCCAACGUCUCCCAUGGUGAUCUCAAAGCCCUCCCUCGCAAAGGCAAUGCCGACUACCAGGAGGAAUACAAGAAUGAAGAAUACGGGAACCGAUACGAUGACGAAUACGACGAAAACAGUCAACUCUCAGAGCCUGGUCUGUAUGAUGAUGAGUCGUCACCCAUACAAUCUUUCUAUGGGUCACAGGAUGUUCCGGCUCCUUUACGUUAUGUUCCAUACCAACAGGAACGGCGUGGCUUAAGUCCAAUUCAGAGCGUAUCAGGGUUUACAGAGGGAGAAAGCGAUAUCCAUGGGCGACUGGAUUCUAGAACUAUACAUACCGCGAGCGAACUCUCGUCUCCCGAGAAGUCGCUGUAUGACCGUGAUCUUCACUCACCUAGUUCGGUCCCGAGUAAUCUUCGAGGCCGCGAGUUUGUUGAUGAAGCUAGUAGCCUGAUGAGCUCAGGCGUAGGCUAUAGAAACCCCACAUACACUGAGGAUAGCGAACUGGACCGGGUGACUUCGGGACAGGCAGUUCAUGCUAUCGGAGGAAAUGCUGAGGUAGUGCACCAGAACUUCCCCCCUGAAUCUGCUGUAGCAUCACUGGUCGAGGGUUCACAGCUCGAUCCUUCUCUCAUGAGCGGAUCUACGGGUUUUAGACAAGACUACCGCGACUCCCAAAUUUCUUAUGAUGAGGCCGCAAGAUCGAGGGGAAUAAGCCCAAUUAAGCGUUCGCCAGAGAACCGUCACGAAACAGUCGAGCAGCAACAUGACCAAUCGCCGACCGCAUCCCAGGAACGUGACCCUUCGACUGCUUCCAGGGAAUUUGUAGAAUACGACCUCAACGAGUACGGCCAAAAAGUUGCUCGAUCUAACUAUCGCAACUCACCUACUGCUUCUGAGAGCGCCAUCACGAGCGGUGCCCUUCAGCGAGCUCUUGCCCUUAAGCAACAAAAUGAGGGCCAACAGAACCCUGCUGAGAACAAGGAAUUUGCUGGUAGGGGUGGCGCGCAAAACCAGUCCUUUAAAGAACGAGCUAAGGAUGGUUAUCGUCCUAACGCUACUCCGCGUCAUAGCGUCGAUCGACUUUCAGAUUAUGAGAAUCCAAAGAUGGGUGCUAGCGGCAUUCCAGAUUUCAACGAUCCUAUGCCGGAGAUCGGAUAUGUCGACGAUCAAGCCUCCUCUAUUGUAGAGGGGCCACUUGGUGGAUCCCAAGACGGAACUAGAGAACAUUGGCCAGAACAGUCAACACCAACUCACGAAAGAUCAUAUGCCUAUGAUCGUGCUGUAACGCCCAAGGCAAACAGGCCAGAUAACAGCCACGAUCUUGGAAUGGCCGACGUAGCAGCAGCAGCAGCUACCCUGGCAACCGCAGGGGCUCUGGCUACUUCGCAUAGCCGGCAGCCUAGCCAGGACCCGGAUGACGAGUGGCAGAGGACAUCUUGUGACCGCAAACGCGAUACCCUAGUCACAAACCCUUAUGAGGGAACCAGUCCGAUUGCCAAUCUUCCUGGCCUGGAUGGGAACAUGCUUGGCGGGACUGGUUUUGGAGCAGACGCUUACCGCGGUGGCUUCAACACGGGCAGUCCAGGAAUCCCUGGCGCUGACGAGGGCUACAUCUCCGCAGCGCCGAACGACAUCCGCGACGCAUCUAACAUGCAGGGUAAGGAUAUGGGAUUGCUGAAUGGUGAAGCUGAAGAUCCGUUUUACGCGCCUAAAGACGCGAGGCAGCUUGCGGGCCUAUCUCAAGCAAUGGGCACACCGCUUUACGACCCCUCUACUGGAACUGGAAUUGACAGGAUCCAAUCGAAAGACAUCAUUGCUUUGAUGGAACACCUUAUGGUUCGCGAUGCGCAACGAAGUGCGCGAGAUACUGAGAUACUUGUUACCCUAGUCCGGUCAGCAGCUGAAAUGCGGAACUCCUUCGAAGACCUCAAGAGGAUGUUAGUAGAUAACGCGGAUCGAGUCGUUGACGAGGUCAAAGAGGAUACAGAGAAGACAGUCAAACGCCACAUAGGCGGACCCCGACCUUUCCCCGGCAGUAGUGCGCGAUCAAUCCAAGGAGGUUCCCAGGCCGGUACAGAGGACGUGAACACUAAGAAGCGCAAUAUCCUCCGACGUGCACUUCAAGGGCUCAGUUCUAAGGGUGCUAAUGAUUUAACCAGAAUUGAGGAUUUGCUCAACCAACUACUUGACGAUGUUAACGUCCUCAAGCACCAGACCGCUGGCCCCGUAGGCACAAGCACGCGUGCUCAGUCGAUCGAGGGCAUCCAACCAGAUGUUCAGUAUGAGCAAGAUCGAGGCUACGAGCCCGAAGGCCAUGCCGGCACCUCGACAGCUAGCCAUGCAAGCCAGUCGGGACACCUAUCGAUCCCCCAGUCUCGCGGGACGUCCAACAGAUUAGCCAGCGAGCGAAAGUUUUCAGACCACCGUAUCAGCACUGUACCUGAGGACGAGGGCGAGUACAAUGACCACUCCAUGCCGCCGCCAAGCCAAUAUGAGAUGCACGGAGGAAUGCUCUCGCCCAGCUCCGAAAGAUCUAGGGGUGGUUCAGUGCCUCUUGGAACGCCACCUCAGACUGCUCAGGCGCACAAUUAUUCGAUGAGCAACGAGAACACACCUCGAACCGAAGAGAGCAAGAAGCAUAAAUCGCGGGGCUCGUCCAGUCUCUUCCCCAAAAUCUCACGGUGGUCUGAGACGACGACAUCAAGUAUAGGAAGAGUAUUCCGUAGCAGUGGGGCUUCUAAGAAGCACGAUCCCCCCGAGGACUUUCUCCGACAUCCUCCGUCUCGAUCUGGCUCGGACUUGGCCAAUUACGAUCAAUUCCAAACUCAGAACGUAUAUGAAGGGGAUAAGCUACACUCGGGCUUUUCGGAACAAGAUCUCCGCCCCCGAUCUGUGGGCGAGAACCUACCUAACACAACCGAUAUGCAGCAACCUCAACCGGCUACAUAUGCUCAUCUCGAGCCUGCUGCUUACUCUACUCCUGAGGAUCCUAAAUACAGGGUUCAUCGCAAUUCAUUAAACCUACAACACCCACAGCCACGACAAGGGCAGACAGAGCGAUUCAGAACCGCGUUGGAGACCUCGGCACAAGAUUAUGACAAUGCGAUGUCUCCGGGGUCAGCCGACUGGGCUGGCUCAGCCACCUCUCUCCACAGGCUGCCUAUGCACAGUACCAAUCGGUAUAGCGACAGCAGUGCCCUGAAUUCUGGUCAUGGAGAUGACUACAACUGGCAGCAAGAGAUGCCAUCGCCCAGUCCUCUAGGACCGCCGCGACCUCCAAAAGAGCCACUGGAUAGGUCAUCCCCCGCCCAGCACGACAGGGUAAAUAAGCUUCAAAACAAGCACGGCAGUCCUUUGCCAUUCCAUAGCGUCGAAAGCGGCUAUGGCACAGCUACGGCCACGCACGCCGGAAGUUAUCACUCUAGCAGUCCGAAGCCAGAGAACAAGAACCUAAGCGGAGCUCUAGGAGUUCCGGCUCGAAGACCUAGCGGACCUAGGGCUAUGACCCCUAGCCGCGGUAGCGACGACGGAGAGGAGAGGCGACGCAAACGAGAUACAUUUGGCACGAUAGCCAGUCCUUCAAGCGUUAUCAGCCAAGAAUCCGAGACGUUUUAAAAGCGUAUUAGUCAUUUUAAAGCGGCAAUAACCUGUCGCCAUUUGAGUUGAUUUCAGAAGCUAAAUUCAUGACUGAAUGAAUGCACGGUUAAUAAUAUGCGGCUGCUGGAU